AUGGUAGCGACACAGGCGGCAUUGAGGUCCGUCACUGCCGCUGAGGUGAACACGUGCUUCUCCUCACUGGGAACACCUGCGCCACACUCUGUCCCCCGUCCCGGCCCGCCAACACACCUGCGUGCUCAGUUUACAAGUUACAGCAGUUUCGUGAUGAGUGGUGUUGGCGAUUCCGUGGUAAUGGAUUUGCUGGGAUUGGAGAGCGAAGUGACCAGGACUGCCUCCACCAUGGACGCUGUGGAAGCCGCGCCUGUCGCCGGCAAGGUUGAGGCGAGGAUCGGUAGUGACGGGGCUGAUGUCGUGGAUAGUCAAGUGAACCAUGAGAUAUACAAUGAUGACGUGGAGUUCCUGCGUGCGCGAGUGCCAUUCAUCAGUGCUGAGGACAUGGACGCCUUGGAGGUGGUCAGACCGCUGGCUGAGGGCAGCUUCGGAUGUACUACCAUCGUAUCCUGCAACGGCAUGAAGACCAUCAAGAAGGUCCUGAAGUGCGAGGAGAACGUGAAGCAGAUGUUGUGGGAGGCCCGCGUCACCGCCGAGCUGAACGGCACGGGCGGGGCGCCACGCGUCAUGGCUGUCUGCUUUCAUCCACCAGCCAUCCUCCUGGCUCACUCUGGCCGCACCUACGAUGACUUCGUGGAGCGCCACUGUACGGUCGGUGGGUUUCUGGAUUCCAUCGUGGUCAUUGCCCAGCUACUUAGUGAAAUCCACCUCAUAGGCUUCCUCCACAACGACCUGAAGGGCAGCAACAUCAUGGUCCAGGGCCCAAACCCUCGCCCCUCCCUCCAUAUCAUUGACUAUGGGUUGGCCACGCGGAUCGGUGCACCCUUCAACUUUGAGUUCUUCGGGAUAAACCCCAACGCCCUGAAGAAAUAUUCCUCAUUCCGGUCCCCUGAGAUGUUCAAGGGACUGCCCCUGGGCAGCGCCAGUGAUGUGUUCAGCCUGGGGGUGAUGAUAGGCGACGUGGUGCAUUACGCCAAGUUCCCGCUGUUCAAGAAGCUGCUGGCACCCGUCAUGUCUCGCUGCGCCAUGGUGAACCCUGAGCUGCGGCCCACGCUGGCUGAACUCGCCCUAGAGGUGGUUCAAGUGAAGGCAAAAAUGUCUCAGAAGAUUCAGAGGAAGCGCAUUGAGAACAUCCGUGGCCAGAGUGUCAGUCCAAAGAAAAGCAAGGGCCGCCGCUGAGUCGUCACCACACAGGCCGGCACCGCGGGUUGGAUCCGGGACUCCUUUGGGAAUGAUUUGAUGCUUUGCUUUGCUGGUGUUGAUAAUUCUCCUGAAAUUCCUGUCACCAGUAUGUCAUGCGUUCAUUCAUAAGCCACUGAAAUUAACCUCCAGUUAUCAUACUGUGUCGAAUCAUUGCUGGUUGAAUCAAAAUUUUGCCGAACAAUAAAUAAAAGUAAUUUUGUUAUUCAUUCUCAAAAGGUUUCCCAAUUCGGUGUUGGUGAGCUGUCAGAGUAACAACAUCACCAACACCAGCACCCAGAUGUCAUAACACUAGGAGCUGUGAUGCAAAUAUAAGUAUUUAUCAUUCCUGACAGGAAGACAAACCAUCACAUCAGUACAGUGAUCUGUAAUGCCACCACCACCACCACCACCACCACCACUAACAGCACCACCAUCGUUUUUAUCAUCAUCAUCAUCAUCAUCAUCAUCAUCAUCAUCAUCUCACUAAUGACUAGAACACCACCACCAUCACACACUCCAUCAUCAUCAUCAUCCACACCAUAUUUCCACUGGUUUCCACUUCAUUCCACAUCACUCCCAUUAACACCACCACCACCACCACCACCACCUUCACCCAUUACAUUCCACACCUUCACAAGAAAAAGACACAAAUUAUAUCAUUCCAUUCUCGUUUCACCCUUUUUUUUUCGACUUCAUCAAAUGCAGAACUAGGAAUUAGGAUAUAUAACAUUAUUCACCCAAUUUUUAAGUACUGCUGUUCUUUUAGUGUCAUUAGGUCAUUAUUGGUGUACUACAUUUUAUCCUUUUUGUACUUUUUUAUACCAUGUCUUUUAAAAGUGCCUGAUGCUAAUAAUAAAGUUUUGUAGAUUUG